AUGAAAAUCCCAUCUAACUUGACGGGCUUCGAUGGGAAGGCUCUUAGGGGAGAAGUCUACUUAACAAGUGGUAACUCAGGUCCUCUAGGUAACCGGACGAAGCUACUUGAAAAGGGCAUGAAGCACGAAGGCAAUCACUUCACCUGCUACGCUCUGACCGCAGAAAACGAUGCUAUCGCACCGUGCUUCAACAUAAAUUCAGGUGUCAUCGAGUUCGUUGACGUUGUCGUCGAUGGUAUCUUACGAGCUUCUCAUAGCAACGAGGGUGCCACGAAGAAUUUUAGCAAGAAGUUCGAUUGGGUUGUUGGUCAAAUUAAAUCGGGCAACAGGUAUGUCGACAGAAUUUAUCAGCUACAAAUAGCAAAGAGGAACAUUGCAAAGACACAAAAUGUCAAAGGUGGCGCACCCCAUUCAGUCGGUAGCAUCGAAAUACGAAUAUUCCGCAAAGAUCUCAACGCUCAUAAGAACCACGCAACUGAUUCUGAUCCUGAUGACUCCUCAUCAUUAUCAAAAGAAGUUACUCCAGAUCUCGGCCACGCACAACGUGCACCGACGUUUAAAGACCAUAUCCAAUGGUGGAAUCUUAAUCCAUGUGUUGACGAAGAAAUUGUUCCUUCUCCCCCCUUCGAAGUUGGUGGCGUUGGUUAUAGGAAAUUUCAGGGUAACUCUAAAAGCCUCGUUGUGAAGAAAUGGCCUAGUGAUUAUAAGGUUUGGGCUUCAUUCAAAUUUCUGCUCUUCUCUACCGCGGAUUUCCACACGUUGGGCUUCCUGGAUACCCCAGAAUACAUCGGAACACCAUGGAGUGGAACAAGGGAAACUUCAAGGAAGCCGGCUGUAAAGGAUGUUUCACGAGCAUCAAAGGCUACUUCGGUCAUUGAUCCCGACGAUAUUGGCAGCGAUUACGAUGAUGUUGUUGAUACUGUCGAAAAUGCCAACAAGCCUGCACCUGAGACAAAGGCUAAAAUUGACGAGCCAAGAAAGACUCCCAAAGGCAAAGAAGUUGAUAGGAAGAUCAUUAAGAGCGGUAUUUCUAUAGAGAUCGAAGUUCCUUUUCAAGCGGGCAAUUCGAUGAAACAAAUGGGGAAACAGACUAGGGUCAUUGAGGAUUUUCAGUCCUCAGAACCCCUCGAUGAAAGCCAUACUGAAGCCAGCAGAACUGUGUUGAAGCCAGCUCGUCUUUCAAAAGUGUCUCAAGCUAUUGAUCUUAGUGGUGAAGAUCCUGGGGAACCUACAGAUGCCGUAGUCUUUGCACCAAUCAUCAAGAUCGAAAAAGAUGAGUUCACAGGUAAUGGCUUCUAUCAAGGUAUUGAAACUCAUACAAACCGCAAGAGAAAGCCACUUUCUAUAUCCGGUGUGGAAGGAGCUCCGGCAAGCGAAUCCUGGAAUGAUCCUGAUCGUUCUUUAUGGUACCAACGCAGAGGCUUAAGCAAAAAUUUAGACGAUUCUCCCACACUCAACGUUGAUAAAUCCCAAGCCGAGAUAGAUCUUAUCUCGUCAGACAAAUCCAAAAUUAUAUCUUUAGAUAAACCAGACAGCUUUAAUCAACCCUCUGUGCCCUGUGUAGUUGGAGAGGCAGCCGAGACAGGUACUGUCACUCACUUUAAGUCGCUUGUUACUCGGGUGGGUGGUCCAUCCUGGGAGCCGUUGACCCCGCCAGUAUCGUCAAAGAAGUCAGGUUCAAAUUGUUUUAACCAUUUUGGAUCCGAAAGACGUGUUUUGUUUGGAGAUUCUAAUGGCACAAUCCAAAUCGAAUCAGCAGCUCGUUUCAUUGUCACUGAAGAUAACUAUAGCGACAAUGAUAGCCGCGAAGCGAGUCCCUCAGUCAAAUACAACCAGAGAGUUCCAGAAAAUAAAGCUGAAGAAUUGAGCCAACACGGCCUGGAAUCCGCCUUAGAGACAAAAACUUCAAGUCUUGAGAAACCUGACCAGUCUUCAAACAUCAAUGACAUGGAAACAAAUUUUGACGAGUUCAUUCACACAUCACCCCAGCCUGAAGAUACAGAAAUGGCUGACGCCGUCGGAGCCGAACCUGAAGCACAGUUGGCAGCAUCAAGAACGUCAUCUCCUGAAGCUGGUGCUCAAUCUACAAUCACAAAUCCAGAUCAAGAUGCUGUGAAUAAAACCGUACCUUCUCAACCUCAAGAAUUGGACGCCUCACAAGAUGGUCAAAAUGACUCUGAGAAAUCAACACAAGAAAUACCUGAGAGCAUUCUUGAGGGGAUCGCGGAAGCUCAACGACUUCAGAGGGCCAAACGAUUUCCAUCAAGUGCUAUUCCUGAUGUGGAAACCGAAGAAGCUUUCGAAUUUCCUCGAGCUGAAGUCUCAUCAGACACCGAUAUGUCCAAUUCCGACAACGAUAAAUUGCCUUUCGAAGCCACGAAGUCUGAUAACAGACUUAAUGAUGCACCUAUUGACACUGGAAACCAACGAGAUGGGCGACAAGACUCUCCUGCUGAAGCAGAUGAGUCUACGAUAACAGUCGCUAAUACCAAGCCAGCCAAACAAUCGAAGGCAAGAGCACCAACUGCUGCCCAACCCUCCUCUGCUCCAAAGACGGCGUCUACUCCAAAGACACAGCUUUCGUCGGUCUCCAAGACAACUGUCCAAAAGCAACCAGCUGUAAAGGUUGAAAAAUCUUCAAAUGUCUUCGCUCAACCCGAACAAUCUCAAGCUAAGCAAAAGAAGUCGACAUCAAAAGUUGAAAGCUCUUCGGUUGCAUCAGCAAAACCUGAGCAAUCUCAAGCCAAGCCCAAGAAGCCCUCUCCCAAGACGCCAAAAGCUCCAAAUGCCCCUAAGACUUCAAAGGCACCAGCAACUACUGUUCCUGAAGAGCCCGUGCCCAAACCCAAGGGCAAAGGUAGGGCUAAGGCUGGAGUAAAUGAUAAGCGCAAGGCUGAUCAAAUGACCUCCGCUAGCGGCAGUUUGGGACCAAACAAGACGAAUAUAUCUCCCGCUUUGAAGCAAACGUCUACCGUUGAAGGUGCGAUUGCCAUAGCAGAAGCACGAAAGCAAGCAGCUAUCGAGAAGAAGAAAGCUUUAGAAGAAAAAUUAGAGGCAAUUCGAGUAGCGAAGGCGGAGAGGGCGGAGAAGGAAGAGGCUGAUAGGAUCAACAAAGAAGCACAAGCUUUCGAAGAUGAAGUAGCUGAAUUAGAGAAGAGAAUUGCGAUGGAAGAAAUGGAUGACGAAUAA